AACAAGGCGAGGCUGUAGAGCCGAAAGACAGCGCAGAAACUUCUAAAAUUUCCCCAGAUCGCCACCGGGGAAAACACGCAGCCGCGGCCCUGCGUUUUGCAGCACACAUGCGGCAUAUGAUUUUGACCCGAGCCUCCCCGGCGGCGAUCGCAGAUUAGGCCGGGACAGCGAGGAGGAGGAGCGGGUUAGCACCCACGGGCGUAUAUAAUUAGCGUCAUCAAACCACCCUGUUGGGUUGUGUUUCCCCCUUGUCCUCCAUGUGAUUCCAAAGUGUUCUGUAUUCCUAUUCCCUCUCGUCAAUCUUCAUUACCCCCUCCCCACCUCCUCCCCUCCCCCUUCCCCCCUUGUGCCCCCAUGACUCUCUGAUCGUGACCAGCUAUUACUCUCGGCCACCCUUCGUCUCCGGCAAAGGCAAAAGCCCCCCUCGCGGCCCUCCUGCUCUCCCCAAUUGGCCCCGUGCUGUCCGGCGUUCGGCUCGGCUUGCGGGGCGCGCGCGCGUGGCACCGGGAGGAGCGGCGGGCAGAGCGGCGGCGAGAGCGCCGGAGCGGAGCAUGCGGCGGUGAGAGCGCGGGCAGCAGGAGGAGCGAGGAGCUUUGCUUUGCUUGCUUGCUUGCUGGCGCGGAGGGAGCGGGAGGGAGGAUGCAGCAGCCGCAGCAGCAUCACCAUCACAAGCCCAAGCCGUCCCUCUCCGGCAGCCUGUCGUGGAUCCGGAGGUCCCCGCCGCCGUCGCCGCCGCACAGGAAGCCCUGGGGCGCCGGCGGCAGGGGCCGCUACGCCUGCCGCGCCGUGCCGCUGCUCGUGCUCACCGUCUACAGCCUCUUCACCGUGCUCCGCAUCCCCAGCUCCUCCCUCGUCGUCAACACCGCCGAUUCAGAGCGCGUGGACCGGCGGGAGGAUGUGGAGGCGUUCAAGACCCACCUGCCGUCGAACCAGAACAGCCUCGAGGCCCGCCAGGAGACCCGCUCUCCGGCAUCCCUCCCGUGCUCCGCCUUCAUCAGCGGCGAGGCGGGCGGCGGGCAGGCGGAGGAGGGCGUGCUCUGCUGUGACCGGAGCCACUACCGCAGCGACGUGUGCUACCUCCGCGGCGACGCGCGCACGGACCCGUCCACCUCGUCGGUGCUCCUCUACAACGCGCCCCGCGGCGCCGCCCCGGAGAAGGUGCGGCCGUACACGCGCAAGUUCGAGGAGAGCAUCAUGCGGUCCAUCGACGAGGUGACCAUCGUGCCCGUGGCCGCGGACGCCGGCAACGGCACCGGCACCGCCGACAGGGACAGCCUGCGGCGGCGGUGCGACGUGCGGCACCCGGCGGGCGUGCCGGCGGUGGUGUUCUCGACGGGCGGGUACACGGGGAACGUGUACCACGAGUUCAGCGACGGGCUGAUCCCGCUGUUCGUGACGGCGGAGCGGUUCGGCGGCGAGGUGGUGCUGGUGGUGCUGGAGUACCACUACUGGUGGCUGCAAGAGCAUCAAGGACUUCCAGGCGCUCCUCCACCAGGGCUACAGCGGGAAGCCGUCGGCGACGUCGUCGGCGCCGCUGCCGCUCCCACUCGCGACGCCGGCCCGGCCGUGCGUCCGGCCCGACGACCACGCCAAGGCCGCCAAGCCCAAGAUGCUCAUCUUCAUCCGCAAGCAGAACCGGGUGAUCCUCAACCUGCCGCACGUGGUCACCGCGUGCCGCCGCGCAGGUUUCGCGCCGCACGUCAUGAACCUCCGACGCCAGACGCCUAUGCCCGUCAUCCACGCGGCGCUCGCCUCGGCCGACGCCUUGGUGGCCGUGCACGGCGCGGCGGUCACCCACUUCCUCUUCAUGCGGCCCGGGACGGUGCUCCUCCAGAUCGUGCCCGUGGGGCUCGACUGGGCCGCCGAGUCCUUCUACGGCAAGCCGGCGCAGCAGCUCGGGCUGGAGUACCUGGAGUACAGGGUGGCGCCCGAGGAGAGCUCGCUGGCCGCCGAGUACGGGCUCAACAGCACCGUGGUGCAGGACCCCUCCGUCAUCAGCAGCCAGGGCUGGUGGGAGAUGAAGAAGGUGUACAUGGACCGGCAGAACGUCACGGUCAGCAUCAAGAGGUUCGGCGAGCUGCUCCGGGCGGCCAAGCUGCACCUCAAGAAGAACGCCACCGCGUGCGGCGGCAAGGCCGCCGGCGCGAGCCACGCGGCGGUGAGGUAGCAAGGGGCUCCUUGAGCCCCGGAUAAUUAGGUGUUAAAUGAAUCACAGUUCACAGCCGUCAAUUUCUCAGUGUUUCUUCUUCUUCUUCUUUCUUGUGUUAUUUCUGGUUGGAGGCGGGGGAGGAGGGAGAGUAUAUCGAGUACAAAAGAGGAGAUCAUGUACAUAGAAUUGGAUUGCUUGGAAGCCCCCGUGCACAGUGCUCCUACAUUCGUUCAGUUCAUGUUGUUGUUAGGGAAGUAUAAUAAUUUAUUCUAGGCCUCUCCUAAAUCA